AUGAAGCUCCCGCUGUCGGUGGCCUCGCCGGACUCCGCGCCGGAGCUGGCCAAGCCGUCGCUGCCCACCACCUGGCUCAUCCUGCACACGCUCUUCUGCGCCACAUCCAUGACCGUGGGCUUCCGCUUCUCCCGCCUCGUCGUCUUCCUCCUCUUCCUCCCCACCCCGCCACUCAACCCCGCCGCACACCUCGUCUCGCUCGUCACCCCGCCGCUCACGCUCGUCCACCACGGCCCCGUCUUCGUCGGCCACCACACCAUCGGCGUCCGCAAGUGGCCCCACCCCGACCCCAGCGAGCUUCUCAAGGCCCACCACAUCCUCGCCGCCGUCCAGACCGCGCAGCGCAGCAGCAGCCCCCGCGGGAACGGCCCGCCCAGGCCCGUCAUCGCCAUCACGCCCACCGUCAUCGCAAAAAUCAACGGGAAGGCGAGCACCCCCACCCUCUCCGCGCCACCUCGCAGCGGUCGACCUCACCUCGGCGCGGUCGACCUCAAUCUAGAGUUCCGCGCCACCUCGCCGCGGGUAGACACCAACUACUACCGAAAAUGCGGUUAG